AUGUUUAAAAAACGUAAAAAUGUUAUUUGUUGUUUGGCAUUCGUUUAACUAGCACACAAUCGCCUUGAUUUCGGCUCACACACACACAGUGUUUUGUUCACAAGGAAGGAUAAGCGCCGACGAUGGAUGUGGAAAUAAGUGUGGAUAUCGGCGGAACUCGUCGCACGAUUCAGCAGGCAUUCAUCAGUUGCUGCGAACAACUGCUGGAGAUAGCGCUGCUUCUGACCCACGAAGGUGGCCAGUUCUUGCGCCGCUUGUGGCGCGGAUCGGGCCAGGAGCUUGCCCAGAAAUGCCAGGAGGAUAUCGGCGAUGGUAGAGCGCAGCAUCAGUGCCAGAAUCCCCGUAAAAGGGCACGAACCAAGGCAACCGGAGGCGGUGGCAACUUGGUGGGCGAGGGCGACUACUUGCGGCAGGAGCAUAAAAUCGAAACUCAGUUGCCGCGUCUGGUGGGCGUGGCUUGCGGCUUUGCCAAGGAUCAGAUAAUGCAUUCGCAGUACAAUCGCGGCAAGUUUGGCGAGGAUGCCUGGUUCAUGUCCUCCAAUCCGCAGGCCUACAUAAUGGGCGUGGCCGACGGCGUGGGCGGUUGGCGUAACUACGGCGUUGAUCCCGGCGAAUUCAGCAUGUUCCUAAUGCGAUCCUGCGAACGCAUGUCGCAUGGCGCGGAUUUUGCGCCCAAAAGACCGGAAGUGCUGCUGAAACGCGCCUACUGCGAUCUCCUCGAGCAAAAGUGCCCCAUUGUGGGCAGCUGCACGGCGUGUAUUCUCACACUGAAUAGGGCCAACAGCACGCUAUAUACGGCCAAUAUCGGGGACAGUGGCUUCUUGGUGGUGCGCUGCGGUCAGGUGGUGUGCCGUUCCAAGGAGCAGCAGCACCACUUCAACACGCCCUAUCAGUUGGCAUCGCCGCCGCCGGGACAGGACAUCAAGGCGCUAUCGGAUGGACCCGAAGCGGCGGACACCAUACAGUUUCCCGUGCAACUGGGCGACGUCAUACUGCUGGCCACCGAUGGCGUCUACGACAAUGUGCCCGAGAGCUUCCUCCUGGAGGUCCUUGCGGAAGUGUCGGGCAUCGCCAAUCCCGUGCGCCUGCAAAUGGCCGCCAAUGCGGUGGCCCUGAUGGCCCGCACUCUGAGCCUCAAUCCGAAGCACGAUUCGCCGUUCAGUCAGAAUGCCCGGAAACUCAACAUCGAUGCGUCGGGUGGAAAACCGGAUGACAUUACGGUCCUACUGGCCACUGUCGUCUAGCAUUGCCACCCGGAGAAUCGAAAGGGGGACACGAAGGUGCAGGAAGAUCAGCGGCAGAUCAUCGAGGCUUUAUACGUAUACCCCUUGAAUUAAGAACGGCCACUUUCUGGCAGAUUUUACUGACAGUGUAGAGUUGUUGGUAGCAGCUGUUCGGAAAAGUUGGCCCCAAAAACCUUCUAUAACUUGAAACUACUUUUUAUUUAACUCGGCGAGCAUCUUUUUCUUUUUAAGCCUUCCUGCUAAUUAUCCCCUCAAAUUGUUUAGGUGUAAUAAAAUUUUUGUUUUACCAAAGACUGCAUAUAAA